AUGAAUAUGGAUAAGGAGCGCGUCGCAAAUGCGAAUGCAAUAAGAUUUCGGCGACACCUCGACCCGGAAAAGAAAGGAGAAGCAGAAAGAGUAAUGAACUCUGAAGCGGUGAGGAAUAGCAAACUUAUAGAUCCCGUACUCAGACCAAGCGAAAGAGAAACAGAUGAUGCGGCAAUGCUAAACUGUAGAUCCACUCAAGGAACAGUAAGGAAGUGUGAAGAAAAUGCUCUGGAGAUGCAACGCCGAACAGAAAUAACGGAACUGCUAAUUCAUGAACGGCCGACUUUACAAGGCCGACCAACGUUAUAUUCGGACAUCUUCAAAUCUACUGCCAAACGUUACGACCGACGGGUAACACGUCGCCCGUUCUGCUUGCUUUUCAUGACAAAGAAAAUCGAGCUGCUGAAACUAUCAAUCAGUAUGUUAUUAUGUUUUCGGAAAAAAAGAAUUCACCAUCGGAUCGACUCACUGCAGUGA